AUGGACAAAUUGAAGUGCCCGAGCUUCUUCAGGAGCAGAGGGAAGGAGAAAAUGACUGCUUCAUCUGAGAAUUUCCACGUUAAUGAAAAUGAUGAGAAUCAGGAACGUGGUAACUGGUCCAAAAAGUCGGAUUAUCUUCUAUCUAUGGUUGGAUAUGCAGUGGGUUUGGGAAAUGUGUGGAGAUUCCCAUAUCUAACCUACAACAAUGGCGGAGGUGCUUUCUUGAUACCUUAUGCCAUUAUGCUGGCAUUGGCUGGUUUACCUUUGUUCUUCCUAGAAUGUUCAUUGGGACAAUUUGCUAGCUUAGGUCCAGUUUCAGUUUGGAGGAUUCUACCAUUGUUUCAAGGUGUGGGAAUCACGAUGGUCCUGAUAUCCAUUUUUGUGGCAAUCUAUUAUAACGUCAUAAUCUCCUAUAGUCUUUACUACUUGUUUGCUUCUUUUCAAAGUGAAUUACCAUGGGCAAAUUGUUCUACUUGGUCAGAUAAUAACUGUAGCAGAUCACCUAUAGUAUCUGGUUGUACUGUGAAUACAGAAGCAGGAAAUAUACAAGCGAAUAUAAGUUGGGUCACUGCCAACAAUUUUACUUGCAUUAAUGGUACAGAAGUUUUUCGGCCAGGACAGCUUCCUAGUGAACAGUAUUGGGAUAAAGUGGCCCUUAGGAGGUCAAGUGGAAUGGAUGAGACUGGAGCAGUUGUUUGGUAUUUAGCACUCUGUCUUCUUCUGGCCUGGCUCAUUGUUGGAGCAGCUCUAUUUAAAGGAAUCAAGUCUUCUGGCAAGGUUGUAUAUUUUACGGCUCUAUUCCCCUAUGUGGUCCUACUGAUUCUGUUAAUACGAGGUGCAACGCUGGAGGGUGCAUCAAAAGGCAUUUCGUACUAUAUUGGAGCACAGUCAAAUUUUACAAAACUGAGGGAAGCGGAGGUUUGGAAAGAUGCUGCCACUCAGAUAUUUUAUUCCCUUUCAGUGGCUUGGGGUGGCCUAGUGGCUUUAUCCUCUUACAACAAGUUCAAUAACAACUGCUACUCUGAUGCCAUUGUAGUUUGUAUGACAAACUGCAUAACUAGUGUGUUUGCUGGAUUUGCUAUUUUUUCCAUAUUGGGACACAUGGCUCAUAUAUCUGGAAAAGAAGUCUCUCAAGUUGUAAAAUCAGGUUUUGAUUUAGCAUUCAUUGCCUAUCCAGAAGCUCUAGCCCAACUCCCAGGAGGUCCAUUUUGGUCCAUAUUAUUUUUCUUUAUGCUUUUAACUUUGGGUCUUGAUUCUCAAUUUGCUUCUAUUGAAACAAUUACAACAACAAUUCAAGAUUUAUUUCCCAAAGCAAUGAAGACGUUGAGGAUUCCUAUAACUUUGGGUUGCUGCUUGGUUAUGUUUCUUCUUGGUCUCAUCUGUGUGACUCAGGCUGGAAUUUACUGGGUUAAUCUAAUUGACCACUUCUGUGCUGGAUGGGGCAUUUUGAUUGCAGCUAUACUGGAAAUAUCAGGAAUUAUCUGGAUUUAUGGAGGAAACAGAUUCAUUGAAGACAUAGAAAUGAUGAUUGGAGCAAAGAGGUGGAUAUUUUGGCUCUGGUGGAGAGCUUGCUGGUUUGUUAUUACACCUAUCCUGUUGACUGCAAUUUUAGUGUGGUCCCUGGUGAAAUUUCAGAGACCUGAGUAUGCUGACAUCCCAUACCCUGUUUGGGGAGUUGCUCUGGGCUGGUGCAUGAUUAUUUUCUGCAUUAUUUGGAUUCCAAUUGUGGCUAUCAUAAAGAUAGUUCAGGCUGAAGGAAACAUCUGCCAACGCAUUAAAAACUGCUGUAGACCAGCUUCUAAUUGGGGUCCAUACCUGCAGAAACAUCGUGGGGAGAGAUAUAAAGACAUGGCUGAGCCUGAAAAAGAGACUGAUCAUGAAAUACCUACUGUUACUGAUAGUGGAAAAACAGAAUUUGAUGUCGCUUUUUAA